AUGAAAAGAUGGGUCGAAAAACCUCCUGAGGAUUAUCUGCAGCACAUCAUGGUUUGGGUCCAGAUGAGAAACAUACCUGUUAACCAUUACACAAAGAAAGCUCUCUGGGCUUUGGGAGACUUUGCAGGUCAGGUGGUUGAAGUAGCUUUUGAUCCAGACAAACCUCAGACAAGAGACUACAUAAGAGUGCUUGUUAAGUUCAAUGUAGCAAAGCCACUGAGGAGGUUUAAAAAGAUCACUACACCUGGAGGAGAAGAAGUCUACAUUAGAUACGAUUAUGAAAGGCUUCAGAAAAGAUGCUACACUUGCCAGCGUCUUACACAUGAGCGAGAUCACUGUCCCUUCUAUCUCAAGAACCAGAAGGAGUUAGUGAACCUGGGAGCUUCGUCUGCUGAGAGCAAAAGAACUGAAGCAACAGAACAUCUUGAUGAAAAUUAUCCUCUUUAUGGUAUCAUUCCUGAGAAGCUGCUUGGGCUAGAUCAGGCGUCUGGAAAGCCAAAGAUUGCAGAGGAAGUGAUGGAUGGUAUGAGAAAGUACUUGAUGGUGGCUGAUGGUCCUGAAAAACUAGCUAGAGCGGAAAGAGUGAAGAAAUCGCUUCUAGACUUAGAGAGUGAUCCAAUUGGUAGGAAGACGGCGCUCAUGCUUGAACCGGUACCAUCGACUACAAAGGAUUUAGAUAAAGGGAAGGGAGUCGUCUUUGAUUUCAGUAGCCAGAACAAAACCCCAUCUCACCAGCGAAGUUGA